CAUUUCCCAGAGUCACCUGGCGCUCUAACGUCUCCUGCUCUGAACGCCUGUGCGCGUGCAUGUGGGAGAACGUGCGCAUGCGCGUGCCUUUCCCUGUGGUUCCGGGUUGGGAACAGAAGUUGAUUUACUGAUCAGAGAGGUCCCUGAGAGGCCGCGCUGCUCCUUCUCCCACAUUCACUGGGGAGUCUUGCUCUGCAAGUGCAAUUGCAGGCGGUUCGGGAGCACACACCCCAGACCUGCCGCCCACGGCUUCUGUGCCUCUGCAUCUGCCACCGUGGGCCCCAAGUUCCAGCGACUUCUCCUGUCCCACACUCUCCGCUUUGCUCCCCGUGUGUCCUGAAGAAAGGGGACGUGCUCCCGAGAUUUUCCACGGUGAUGAUAGCAUUUGAAGACCUGGCUGUGUACUUUAGCUGGGAGGAAUGGCAGAACAUGAACAAUGCUCAGAAAACCCUGUACAGAGAUGUGAUGCUGGAGACCUACAGCAGCCUCUUCUCCUUGGGGCACUGCAUUACCAAACCUGACUUAAUCUUCAAGUUGGAGCGGGGAGAAGAGCCAUGGAUGGUGGAUGAAUGCUUGAAUCAGAGUCUUUCAGUCGGUGGUUGGUGCAGUGGAGAUGCCAUUUCCAGUGUUGAAAGAUACGAUCCACAGACAAAUGAAUGGCGCAUGGUAGUUUCAAUGAGCAAAAGGCGAUGUGGAGUUGGGGUCAGUGUCCUUGAUGACCUGUUAUAUGCAGUGGGAGGCCAUGAUGGAUCCUCUUAUCUCAAUAGUGUUGAAAGGUAUGACCCCAAAACAAACCAGUGGAGCAGUGAUGUGGCCCCUACAAGCACCUGCAGGAUGAGUGUUGGUGUGGCAGUACUUGGAGGCUUUCUGUAUGCCAUGGGUGGGCAGGAUGGUGUGUCUUGCUUCAACAUUGUUGAGAGGUAUGAUCCAAAGGAGAACAAGUGGACUCGUGUGGCUUCCAUGAGCACCAGGAGACUAGGCGUGGCCGUGGCUGUGUUGGGAGGGUUAUUAUAUGCAGUAGGUGGCUCUGAUGGGACAUCUCCACUCAACACAGUGGAGCGCUACAGUCCUCAGGAGAACAGAUGGCACACCAUAGCCCCCAUGGGGACCCGGAGGAAGCACCUCGGCUGUGCAGUGUACCAGGACAUGAUCUACGCUGUUGGCGGUAGAGAUGACACCACAGAGCUUAGCAGUGCUGAGAGAUACAACCCUAGAACGAACCAGUGGUCUCCAGUGGUGGCCAUGACAUCCCGCCGGAGUGGAGUUGGCCUGGCAGUGGUCAAUGGACAGCUCAUGGCAGUAGGAGGUUUUGACGGCACAACAUACUUGAAGACCAUUGAAGUUUUCGAUCCUGAUGCAAACACGUGGAGGUUAUAUGGCGGGAUGAACUACCGUCGGCUAGGGGGUGGUGUAGGAGUGAUUAAAAUGACACAUUGUGAAUCCCAUAUAUGGUGAACAUGUAGAAGACAGCCUUGUAUAUGCUCUGUAUUCUGGAGAGCUUUGACUUUGGAGCUUUGUACAGCUUGAGAAGACAUUAGAACAAAUUUUAUUCUUUGCUGGUGCCUCAACAUAUGGAAAUACAAAUCCAAUGAAAAUACUUCACCUGCAAGACGUCAUCUUUGCACAAUAAUUUUCAGUUCUGUGCAGAAUAUUUAUUUGGGGUUUUAAUUUAUCUUUUUUUGUUGUUUUUGAUCAGUCUGUAAGUUUGUAUUUUUUUUUACUAUGCUUCCUCCCACAAAAAAAAAAAAAAAAAAAGAAAGAAAGAAAAAUUCCCAGCAGCAAAACUUAAUUUGUUUUUGAGGUAUUGAUUUAAGUAUGGUUGGGGCAGAAGGGCUUUGUACGGUCUGGUGGUUAUUCCUGGGCGCUCCAUCCACAUGACUCUACUGCUCCCGAGGAUUACCAGUGACAAAGAUAGGCAUGCACAGUGCAUUAGCUAGCCAUCACUCUUGCACUAAGCAUCGGGAGACUUGAAAAUCUUAAAAAAAUGAAAUAAAAAUAAGUAUCUUAUUUCAAAUAGCACAAUUCAGAAGGAAUAAAACCAGGACUCAGCUGUUAGAGCUGUCAUCUGUGGACAUUCACAUCUCGUUUCCUUCUACGUUGUUUUCUACUACAUUGCAAGUCUUCUAGAUCUGCAGCCCUGCUGACUGCCUCUUGGGAGAAGUCUGAGAGUCUCACUUGCUGCUUCCCAGUAGUCAUGUAUGACUCUCACAAGAGUUUUUGCUUAAAAAUGAUCAUGACUGAAGCAGCCUUCCCUCCUGUUUCCUUAUCGUUACCAAAGGCCUGGAGCAGUGACCUCCCCCAGGCAUUGCAUUGUUACGCAGUCUGCACCCAUACUCAGGCCUAGGGAAGAUGAGGAAGGUGCUCUCUCCUUUACUAACAGCGUCCAAGGCAAUGAUUCUCCAGUCCCUGUGAUGAUCGUACAUGUUAAUGAGCGUGAAACCAACUGAGGCAUUUUAUUAAUAUUUUGGUUCUUUUAUACAAACUGUAUCAUUUGCAUUCUAUAAGGCCACUGUUACUGUUUCUUUCAAAUUGCACUUACUGAUAAAAGUUCAAAAUGUUAAGGAAAUAAAUAAUUUCAGUGGUUAAGGUUUUUUUUUCCUCAUUGUAUUCAUAGGCCAGUUUUUUCAACAUAUUUUGCAGGAAGAUCUUUGAAUAAGACUUUAACCACAACCAAAAGGAAUAACCUUCACCUUCUCCCUCUCCCCUCCCACAGAAAUGUUUGGCAAGUUUUGUGUUUACAUUUAACGAUCAUUUGCACCUUUUUCAAAGAAAAAAAAUAAGUAUUUAGUAAACAGUUGUUUACAUGUAUCAUUUAUGCUUUUUUCUAGCAUGUAUAACUUUUUUAAAUAAAGGUAGUAUUUACCAUAAAAAAAAUUUUGGUUAAUGCUUUUUAAUGCUUGUACCCUUUGAUAUUUAAUUUAGAUUUUCUGUUUCUAUAUCAUUUAAAUGGCCUUUAUGUAAAUUGUAAAUGCUUUCAACCUGAAGGAAUAAAGGGAUUGCCAGCUAGAACUAGGAAUUUUUGUUAUAUAUUUUAUAUAUUAUCUAACCUAUAAACUUAUUUUCUGUUGUAGAGCUUUAAAGUAAUACAGUUUAGGGCCAGUGCCGUGGCUCACUUGGUUAAUCCUCCGCCUGCGGCGCCAGCAUCCCAUAUGGGCGCCGGGUUCUAGUCCCAGUUGCUCCUCUUCCAGCCCAGCUCUCUGCUGUGGCCCAGGAGGAUAGUGGAGGAUGACCCAGGUGUUUGGACUCCUGCACCCGCAUGGGAGACCAGGAGGAAGCACCUGGCUCCUGGCUUCAGAUCGGCGCAGUGCCAGCCAUAGCGGCCAUUUGUGGGGGUGAACCAAUGGAAGGAAGACCUUUCUCUCUGUCUCUAUAUCUCUUCCUGUCAAAUAAAUUUUAAAAAAAGUAAUACAGAGCCGGCGCCGUGGCUCAAUAGGCUAAUCCUCCACCUUGCGGCGCCGGCACACCGGGUUCUAGUCCCAGUUGGGGCACCGGAUUCUGUCCCGGUUGCCCCUCUUCCAGGCCAGCUCUCUGCUAUGGCCAGGGAGUGCAGUGGAGGAUGGCCCAGGUGCUUGGGCCCUGCACCCCAUGGGAGACCAGGAAAAGCACCUGGAUCCUGGCUCCUGCCAUCGGAUCAGCGCGGUGCGCCGGCUGCAGCGGCGGCCAUUGGAGGGUGAACCAACGGCAAAGGAAGACCUUUCUCUCUCUGUCUCUCUCUCUCACUGUCCACUCUGCCUAUCAAAAAUAAAAAAAAAAUAAAAAUAAAAAAAAAAGUAAUACAGUUUAGAUUUUUUAAAAGACUUAUUUAUUUAUUUGAAAGGCAGACUUAGAGAGAGGGAGAGAGAGAUCCUCCAUCCACUGAUGCGCUCCCUAAAUGGCUGCAAUGGCUGGAGCUGGGCCCAUCCAAAGCUGAGAGCCUGGAACCUCCUGGUCUCCCACAUGGGUAUCCAGGGCCCAAGCACUUGGGCCAUCUUCCCCUUCCCUCCCAGGCCACUAGCAUGCAGCUGCAUCGGAAGUGGAGCAGCCGGGAUUUGAACUGGUGCCCAUAUGGGAUGCCAGUAUCUCAGGCAGCAGCUUUACCCACUAUUCCUUGACACUGCCCCAGAAUCACAGUUUUGAUCUGGAGGGACUCUUAACAGUUCUUCAGAUCCAAACCCAUUUAUUACACUGAUUUAAGUCUAAAAACAAGGAAAUUGCCUAAGACAUACUAGGCAAUGAAUGAUGGCACUGCCAUUAGAAAUCAGUUUCGGGGCCCGGCGCUGUGGUGUAGUAGGUUAAUCCUCCGCCUGCGGCGCCAGCAUCCCAUAUGGGCGCCAGUUCUUGUCCCAGCUGCUCCUCUUCCAGUCCAGCUCUCUGCUGUGGCCUGGGAAAGCAGUAGAAGAUGGCCCAAGUGCUUGGGCCGCUGUACCCACAUGAGACCGGAAAGAAGCACCUGACUCCUGGCUUCGGAUCGGUGCAGCUCCAGCCGUUGCAGCCAUCUGGGGAGUGAACCAGCAGACGGAAGGCCUUUCUGUCUCUCCCUCUCACUGUCUGAAACUCUACCUCUCAAAUAAAUAAAUAAAAU